AGCAGAGGCCUGGAUAAUUUGGGUUUGGCACUGGGAACGUGUUGGUAGUUUGCCGUUUUUGAGUUUGGGUUGUGUUUGCGUUACUCCUCCGUUUGCAAAGGAUACAUAUCUCAGAAAGAAGAUGGGAGGGAGAGACUUGCGUAUGUGCCGACACUUGAAAUGAAAUAGUGGUAUUUUUUGUGUCAAGCUUGCUAAGUUUCCAGAGGUGGGGUGGAUUAUCAUCUUCACUCAUAUUUUAAUAAACUAAAUUGUGUGGCGUCAAGAUAAUGUAGCGGCACGUAGUUGUACUUCCCUUGAUAGGCACCACCCGGAAUAAAUCUACGCCUGUUGUGCUGUUUUGAAUUGUGCAAACACCAUAACCGGUGGACAGCUGGUGAGGGGGCCUUUGUUGAAAAAUCCGACGUCUGUAGUUUAAUUCUCAACUAGCAGAUGACAGCCUUGGCAGAGUGUUGAAUGAUGAGCUUCUUUGCGGUCUGCUUGAAAGCAGGAAAGCUACUGAAUUGCUACUUUCCUGUGUCAGGUGGAGCUGAUCAGAAUAAUGUUCAACAUCAACCCCCUGGAGAACCUGAAGGUGUACAUCAGCAGCCGGCCCCCCUUGGUGGUCUUUAUGAUCAGUGUAAGCGCCAUGGCAAUAGCUUUCCUGACCUUGGGCUAUUUCUUCAAAAUCAAGGAGAUCAAGUCACCAGAAAUGGCAGAGGAUUGGAAUACCUUUCUGCUGCGGUUUAAUGAUUUGGACUUGUGCGUAUCAGAGAAUGAAACACUAAAGCAUCUCACAAACGACACCACAGCUCUGGAAAGCACAGUGACCAGCGGCCAGGCCAGGAUGUCCACCCAGUCCCCACAGUCCCUGGAGGAUUCAGGCCCAGUGAACAUCUCAGUUGCAAUCACACUAACCCUGGACCCACUCAAACCCUUUGGCGGGUACUCUCGCAACGUCACCCAUCUGUACUCGACCGUUCUCGGGCAUCAGAUUGGACUCUCAGGCAGAGAAGCCCACGAGGAGAUAAACAUUACCUUUACCCUGCCCACAGCCUGGAGCUCGGACGACUGUGCCCUUCACGGCCACUGUGAGCAGGUGGUGUUCACAGCCUGCAUGACCCUCACAGCCCACCCUGGCGUGUUCCCUGUCACUGUACAGCCGCCGCACUGUGCUCCUGACACCUACAGCAACGCCACGCUCUGGUACAAGAUCUUCACAACUGCCAGAGAUGCCAACACAAAAUAUGCUCAAGACUACAAUCCUUUCUGGUGUUACAAGGGGGCCAUUGGAAAAGUCUAUCAUGCUUUAAAUCCCAAGCUUACAGUUAUUGUUCCAGAUGAUGACCGCUCAUUAAUAAACUUGCACCUCAUGCACACCAGUUACUUCCUCUUCGUUAUGGUAAUAACGAUGUUUUGCUAUGCGGUUAUCAAAGGCAGACCCAGCAAACUGCGUCAGAGCAAUCCUGAAUUUUGUCCUGAGAAGGUGGCUUUGGCUGAUGCCUAAUCCCACGGCUGCCGUUUUCUGAGAGAGACUGAGAGAACCAUAAUCAUUGCCUGCUGAACCCAGCCUGGGCCUGGACACUCUGUGAAUACAUUAUCUUGCAAUGUUGGGUUAUUCCAGCCAAAGACAUUUCAAGUGCCUGUAACUGAUUUGUAUAUAUUUAUAAAAAAUCUGUUCAGAAAUUGGUCCAAUGAUGCACGUGCUUCGCACUGGGCACCGCCAGAACCCUUCAGCCUCACCUGCGGACUUGGCGGGAUGAUCCUGAGUAGCGCCGGAGAGGAUUCGUGACCUCGCCGUCAGAGCAGGCCAUGCUGUCUUUCCCAGGGUCCCAGAGGCGCUUCACUGCUGGUGGGGUUGAGGUUUGCUUUGGUUCUUGUUUCAGCCCGAUCUGUACAGAAUGUUCAAAACAGUCUGCACCUUUGAUAUGAUACUGCAUUUCCAAAGCCACCCCAAUCCAUUUUGUGGAUUUUAUGUGUCUGUGGCUUAAUAAUUAUAGUAACAACAAUAAUACCUUUUUCUCCAUUUUGCUUGCAAGAAAACAUACCUAAGUUUUUUUUUUCCUUUGAAGAAAAAAUAGUCACAUUUUAAUACUAUAAUUAAGACAGAUUUGUGCUUUUAUGUUGAGUAAAAAGUUAAAUAUUUAAAAGUCACCUACAUGGUACAGAUCUAAGUUUCAUUUUCCACGUGGACAGCGAGGAAUUCGGUCUUGUUUGAGUUGAGUUGGCACAGAAUGUUCCACUGUCUUUUUCUUCUCUGUUGUCCCUUCCCUCCAUUAUAAAAGUUAAAACAGCUUCCUCACUCAAAAGGGCUUAAAAAUGAACUACACACGGCUCUAGAGUGAAAACGAGCUGUUCUCUUCUGGAAUGCAGAUGACAGUAUGGAGAGAGAGGGUGAUGAGUCGGUCUAAUAGUUAUGACAGGGUUUCUUGUUUUCUUUGAAGAGGGGAUGGGUUUUCUUUCCUGGGUGUUCUUUGGUUUUUUGGCAUUUAUUUUUAUGCAAUUAACAUUCUCAGAAGGAAAUGGCAACUAGUAGUAGAUCAGUAACAUUAAGUAAACGAUGCCUGUGAAAUUUGAAGGAAAGCAAUUCUGAUUUGCCAUUUAUCGGGAAAACCAAAAGCAUUUUUCUUUCCUAUAACAUUUUGAUGAUCUAAUUCCUUUAUCCCUGUUUUCCUUCCAAACCAUCUUCAUUUUAAAACAGUUGUGCAUCUUUUCCAGCCCUUUCUUGUUACUUGUAUUCUUACCAUUUUUCUUUUUCUUAAUAGCUUUUUGCCUUAACCCAUAGUCAUUAAUGAUUUCUGUGUUCUCCCAAGCCAUGUUAUAGCAGAAGGGCAGUUAAAACCUUGGGUGCGACUGUCAGUCAGCACUUUUUUCUCUUAACUCCAGGUCUGUAUUCUGUUCUAAAUUAGAACCAGCCCUGCAGUCUGAAAUAUAUUGGCCUAGAACAUUUUAUCCCAGGCUUUUUUUUUUCUUUUAAUAUCCAGGCAUUCUUAAAUGGAAAACAUUUGUGGGCUUUUACUUAAGGUUGUUAUUAAAAUAAUCAUCAUAGUAACUUGAUAUGUUAAUAUUCCUUUUUUUCCUUUUAGUAUGUUUCAAGCGCAGUAAUCAUACUUGUCUAUCCAGUUUUUUUAUGAUAUGAGUUGCUUACAUGAUGCAUGGCUAACCGGUUAAUUUAGUUUUCUCUUUAGAGACUUUGAGACAAGAUUGAGAAAGAGCCAUUUGGCUUGGCCUUUAGAAACAUCAGUAUCACUAAGACCAACAGAUUUAGAGGAAGCUGCUACUGAAUUAAUAAAAUCCCCAUGAAGUAGAGUUACAGGAAUAGAUUUAGAACUGGCAGAGUAAUAUAAAAGGAAGACAGGUGAAAAAAGUCACUUUCACUGGUUUGUUCGAUCCAGCUUGUUGCUAACAUUAAUGGCCCUUGUUUUAAUCACAGGGACUGGCUGGCAUCUGUAGCCAGGGGAGCAGGGACACUGUUAGGCAUGAGGAAAGGAAGUGCCAAAAAUGCCUGGAUGGUAUGACUUGUCAUGAGGUCGGGUCACUCACUUUAAAAUCCAGCAUUCUCCCUCGCAGGUGAUUCUCAGAGAUCUUCCGGAAACCCAGCGUCAGCCAGGUGUACAAAGGGAGGAGGGGAGCCCAUGGGGCCUGGGCCCACUGACCCUCAGCAAGCCCAGAGGACCUGUUACUACCUGGGCACUAGCAGACAAGGCCUCGUCCUCUGCUGUCUCCUGCUGGAGGGCCUCAGGAUGAGAAGAGUGUCACAGACAGGGUCUGUCUGCCAUUCAGGGGUGACCCCGUGCAGGAACACUGGCUCAUCCUCAGGCAUCUUGGACCAGAGUCCAAUAAAAGGUCAGCAACUUACUAUUAAAAUGGUUGUUUCAGAUCAUAUUGAUCUCUUUCCUUUUUCCUUUUGUCCUUUCACUGUAUGACUUGAAUCAGUUUUGAUUCUAUCUAUCUGUAAGUUUUUCUCGUCAUUAGGAACCUGCCACUUCGGUUGCGUUUUCUUUGGCAGUACGUAGGGAUUCAGCAUCCUAGUUUUUCAACCCUCCUGCAGGCACUGUGGGGUUUCGAGGGCCAGCGAAUCCAUUUCACUUACCUUGCUGCAUGAUGGUCAGUAGCUGAUCUGUUACGGCAUUCACUCCCAAAUUAAUUUUCUGUGUUUGAAAUAUGUGCAUAUGUGCUUUCCAGAAUAAAAAAUCUGAAUUUGCUGUGUCUCCA